UCCUCCUCCUCACCACACCACAGCCAGGCACAAUGGCCUUUGAAAGCCUGUUCUCCAAACCCCCAAACCCAGUUCUUGACCCAAACAUGCCCGACUCUGACAGGCAACAUGCAGGGGACGAAAGGGAUUGAAAAUAUCUGGAGUUCUCAAAUCCUUGAGGACAAGCCCGAGUGACUCCGGGUAGUGCUGGGAGCAGAGUUUUUCCAGCUUGGAGUUCUCAUCCUCUCACCAGCUGUUCCCACCAGUACAACCAGUUGUGACACUGGGAAGAUGGAGAGCUGGAAGAUGGGGAAAUAGAUGAUGCAGCCUAUGAGGAUGUGAAGGAACACGGCUCAAAAGGGGACGAUAAACAGAAAAACGAGAAAGGCCACCGGAAAUCCCGGAAAAAACGCAAAAAAGAGAAGGAAAAGAAAAAAUCCAAAAGAAGAAGACGGGACAAGCAUAAGCAUAACUCCCCUUCCAGCGAUGACAGUUCCGACUACAGCCACGACUCCGACAUGGAGCGCACGGAAAGGCCCCACAAAAAAAGCAGCAGCUCUUCCUACAGGGAUUAUGAUUCCUCCUUCAGUCAGGUACAUGGACACGUGUCAGGGAAUUACAUGAGUUCCCAGAAAAUGCAGCAUAAAAAAAAUGUCAAAAGUAAGGAAUAUGACAACUACAGUCAUUACAGUGACGAAAACUUUGGCAAUUACAACGAGGAGGAAAAGGAUGAGGAUUUUGCUGACCAGCUCAAACAGUACAGACAAGCUAAAGAGACUUCCAGUGGGGAUUUGGGACCUCCAUUCCCGAAGGAACCAGUGAAGAAACAGGGCAUGAAAGGGAUCCAGAAAGGUUAUUCCUGUUUUCCAGGCAUUUCCCAACGAGGGAACAACUACAACGUUGGAAGAGGGCGUGGAAUGCAAAAGAAACUGAAGCGCAAAGAUCGCGGCAGGGGCAGAGGUGGCAAUAAAGGAUCCGAUGGCUUCCAUGAGGAUGGCAAACCAGUGAAGAAAUGGGUUAAUAUGAGCCAGGAGUUCAUCAACCAGCACACAGUGGAGCACAAGGGCAAACAGAUCUGUAAAUACUUCCUUGAAGGGAGGUGCAUUAAGGGAGAACAGUGUAAAUUUGAUCAUGAUGCAGAGAUUGAAAAGAAAAAGGAAAUCUGUAAGUUUUACAUCCAGGGUUACUGCACCAAAGGAGAGAACUGCAUUUACUUGCACAAUGAAUUCCCCUGCAAGUUCUACCACACAGGAGCAAAGUGUUAUCAAGGAGAUAAAUGCAAAUUCUCUCAUGCACCCCUGACUGCGGAAACCAAGGAGCUGUUGGAUAAGGUUUUGAAUAAUGAGGAGGAACCCCAAAAUGAAGAUGAGAAGGAGCUGGAGGAACUCCGGAAGCGGGGCAUUGUUCCACUUCCCAAACCCCCGCCGGGGGUCGGACUCCUGCCAACCCCUCCGGAGCAAUAUCCCUUCUCCGAGUCCGACAUGGAAAAUUACCAGGAUCCUUCAGGAGAUUAUAAGAAAAUCCCAUCUCUUUUUGAAAUUGUUGUGAAGCCCACUGUGGAUUUGGCACACAAAAUUGGGAAGAAGCCACCAAGCUUCUACAACAGCGCGUCACCACCGCGGCCGCCAUUCCAGGGCAACGACCCACAUUCCCAGCACAUGUACAAUCCAGGCUCGAGUCCAGGGCCAGGUCCUGGCAUGUCCCAAGGACACAACGGGCCCCCGAUGCACCCCGGCUCUCCUGGGCACCAUCCCUGCGGAGGCCCCCAAGGGCCGGGAAUGCCGCAGAGCCCCCCCAUGCAGGGCGUUCCCCCGGGAUACAUGGGCCCGCAGAACCAGACUGGAAUGCCCAUGCAGGGGCAGCAGGGUGGGCCACCUCUCACCCCGCCAGGGAUGGGAGGAUCCUACAAUUCCCCUGGAGUGCAGGGACACAUGGUGAACAUGCCAAGGGACAAUCACUGCCCCCCGGGGCCACAGUACCAGCAGAUGCCCGGGGAGUACGAGCCCAUGCAGAACCCGGCUGACUUCUAUGACAACUAUUAUUCCCACCAAGCUGUACACAACUUCCAGCCAGCCAAUAAUUCUGGAGAUGGAGCAUGGCACGGAGAAUUCACAGAUCACCAGGCUCACCUCAUGGCUCCGGAGUCACACCCGGGCGGGGGCGAGUCGGACUGCAUGGGUGGCCACAUGGGCCACAACCAGGGCAUCAACGUGCCCGAUUUCCUGCCCGCCAUGCAGAAGGCCCUGUAUGUGAGGCUCAGCCAGAAGCACCAACGGGAUGGAGACUCUGCCAGCAGCCAGGGCCAGAGGGCCAUGAGCAAAGAUGAAGAUGACAAUGUCAACUGGUAUUCCAGUAGUGAGGAGGAAGAGGGGAGCAGUGUUAAAUCAAUCCUCAAAACCUUAAAGAAACAAAGCGAAAACUUUAGGAAUCGGCAACAACAUUCCACAGAGCAGCACAUGCUUGGGAUGCCUACGGAUCCCAGGCUGGCAAAAGACAAAGGUGUGGGGCCUCAGGCUGCUGACCCCAGACUCCGGGCCUCUCCAAGGCCCAAUCCCAGGAAGCCUUCGGAGUCAGCGUCCCUGGAUCCCCGGCUGGCCCGCGAUCCGCGGAUGCACAAGGUCAGCGAGGGCGGCCAUCCCGGCCCCUCCCUGGCCGGGGCCAAGCUGGAUUUGCACCACGCCCACGCCGGAGUGAAGGUCAAGCAGAAAGGGCUGGAUGAUGACGAGGAGGACUCGGAGAGAGAGCUGAGGGAACGAGCUUUCCUCAUUCCCUUGGAACCUCUGCCGGGCGUCACGUUACGGGAUCCCCGCUCCCAGCUGCGGCAGUUCAGCCACAUUAAGAUGGAUGUGACCCUGAUGAAACCCAACUUUGCCAAGCACAUUGUGUGGGCCCCCGAGGACUUGCUCCCAAUCCCUCUGCCUAAACCCGACCCCGUCUCUUCCAUCAAUUUACCUCUCCCUCCACUCAUUGCUGACCAGAGACUGAAUAAGCUGCGGAAUUUGAAGAAUGAUCCACACCCCAACGCGAUGCCAGCUGAUCCCCGGCUCGCUGCCAAGGCCAAAAACAGUCUUGUGGGCCGGGGUGGCUACUUGGAUCCAUCCACAGAUUCCCAUGCCAGUAGCUCCAGCAAACUGGGGGAUCCUCGCUUGCAAAAGAACGUUGAUCCCCGACUCCAUAGACUGUCAAGUGCAGAUGCUCACCAUGGAGUCGGGAAGGAUUCCCACCCUCCCAAGUUUGACCCCCGGCUCGCCAGAGCUGCUGCCAGCUCAUCCCAGCCCUCGGAAGCCACGACUCCGAAAUCCGACCCCGAUGCUCUGCCUCCCUAUGCACCCAAAUUAUCAUCCAGUGGUGUUAGGCUGGGAACUCCCGGCUCCAUCCUGAGUGGGAUCAGUUUGUACGAUCCCAGGGAUCACAGCUCAUCCUCGGACACGGCUCCAGCCAGUUCGGGAGAGAAUGGAGAGAACCAGAAAAAAAGUAUUUUGAAAAAUUCCAGUAAAAAUGAGCCGAGUCUCGUGGAAGAUGCGUCCCAGCAGAAGGCUGCCUCCAACACGGAAAAACCCACGGAAGGAUCAGCAGAAGCUGCUUCAGACAAGGCAAACAGCACCAGUAAAUCUCAGGCUAAACACUCCAGCGCUGCCCCUGCCGUCCAUAAUCUCCCAAUCCAGGCUCUGUCAGGAUUAAUCCGGCCCCAGUACAGCGACCCAAGGCAGGUGAGGCAGCCCGGACAGGUAACGCAGGCCCCGGAGAGCGAUCCCAACGGGGAGUCGGAUGAUAAAUCCUUAAAAGAUGUUUUCAAGACUUUCGAUCCAACUGCUUCCCCGUUUUGUUAGCAGACGGCUUUGGAGUCUUUUUACCGUUGUGGGUAUUGCAGUUCUCUGCUGUUUUGUACCUGGGUUACCUCUUUUGGCUUUAUUUAUUUUUAAAUUAUAAUUCCCACCACUUUUCAGCUGCUAAUCUCCGAACCACACGCAGUUCUCCAGUACGCUCGAGUGUUUGCAAAGCUGUGGUAUUUUCUAGAGAAUCCUUUUUCUUUCCAAUUUCAGGGAGACUAAUAAUUGACCUGUAGAAAGGAAACCAAUCCCCCCGGAUCGUGUUAGAGCUGAGAAAAGCACUUUCAUUGUAAAUAAGUCAUGGAAAAUUCCCAGAGCUGUAUAUGUGUGAGCUGCCUCUUUCCCAACCACCACUUAGAUCCGAUUGCCACAUUUGUAUAGAUCCAAGCAAUAUUAUGUACAUGAAUUCCCGGGAGAGAUGCCGUUCCAGGACUGCCAAACCCUUGAACUGAUGGAAAACCUCACGGGAAUGAAUUCAAAGGAAAGCGUCGCUCCUCCUUUUCCAAUGAGUUGAUGUAAGACACGGACAGUUUUUAUUCCUGCAGUCAAUAUUAGUGUAAAAGAGACUAUAUCACAUAUUGAGGAUGAAAAAUGUCAUAUCUUUUAAAAGUAUUUUAUUCUAUGCUGUACAUAGAAGAAAUUGUGAAGUACAUAACUAGCAAAAGUAACUGUUCGAAGUGGAGAAAACUACAUUGUCUAAUACGGAAAAAAAAAAAGGUUUUUAUUUAAUUUUUUUCCACGCCUACACGAUUGGGAUUUAGUGCUCCGAGUUCCAUUGUGGUGUUCAUGUAUUUCAAUGUAUUUUUGUAUUCAGCUGCUUAAUUUGUAUUGCUUUUUUUGUAUGGCUGUAACUGCAGUACUUGUAUUCAUGGUGUCUCGACGACAUUUUUAACAAAACAAUUAAAAAGGGUACAGUUAAUUCCUGGA